UAUUACACGUUACCAGGGUACACGUGGGACGCGAUGCUAAAAUACACAGGUGUGCGAUUCGAACUGCUGAUCGACAUUGAUAUGCUCCUCUUUGUGGAACGCGGUGUACGCGGUGGUCUGAGUAGGUGCCCCCACAGAUACGCGCGAGCCAACAAUAAGUAUCUUCCGUCGCACGAUCCGUUAGAAGCAUCGACGUAUCUCAUGUACUAUGACGUAAAUAAUCUGUACGGAUGGGCUAUGCGUGAAUCAUUGCCGUACGCGCAGUUUCAAUGGGUCGAUGACACCAAUGCGGAGAGUCUAGAUGUAAUGGCUGUGACCGCAGAUUCCGAUAUCGGUUACAUUCUUGAGGUGGAUCUUUCGUAUCCGCGCGAACUCCACGACGCUCACGCGGAUCUUCCGUUUUGUCCGUUGCGCGCUGCACCUCCAGGCAAGGUCACCGAUAAACUAUUAGCGACGCUUCACGAUAAGUCGCGUUACGUUAUACACUAUCGCAAUUUGCAGCAAUGUGUGCGUCAUGGGAUGCGUAUACUUAAGAUUCAUCGCGUUUUACGAUUUGCACAAUCGCCGUGGCUGCGCGGAUACAUCGAAUUGAAUACGAGGUUUAGGAUCUGUGCGAAUAACGAAUUCCAGAGAACUAUGUAUAAGCUUACGAAUAAUGCGGUGUACGGUAAGACCAUGGAAAAUGUGCGCGAGCACGUUGACGUGCGUCUUGUGACGCGUUGGGAUGGACGGUAUGGCGCAGAAGCGCUAAUUGCUAGGCCGAAUUUUCACAGUAGAAGCGUGUUCUCCGAGGAUCUGAUGGCCGUUGAGUUACGAAAACUCGAAGUGAUGCUCAACAAACCGAUAUACGUUGGCAUGGCCAUCUUGGAGAUAGCGAAAACGCGAUUGUACGCGUUUCAUUACGAAUACAUGGUGCCGCUAUACCGCGCUUUGUGUCGAAUACUGUACACGGACACGGACAGUCUGAUCUACUUUGUCGCAUGCGACGACAUUUAUAGGGAUAUGAAACGCUACAUCGAAAGAUUCGACACGAGCGACUACGCCGAGAACAACGUGUUCGGUAUGCCGCGCGCGAAUAAGAGCGUUCCGGGUCUGAUGAAGGAUGAGAAUCGUGGCGCGAUUAUGGUAGAAUUCGUAGGGUUGAGAGCGAAGAUGUAUGCCGCGAGGGUGCUCGGACAGAGCGAUACGAAAAAGGUGAAGGGUGUAAAGAGAAACGUAGUCGAGAGAACGAUAACGUUCGACGAUUUCACGCGAACGUUGCGCGAUAUGACGGAGCAAUCGAGAUCGCAAUACUGUGUGCGUUCGCGACUGCACGAAGUGUAUACUGCGUCCGAAACGAAACUCGCUCUCAGUCCUCACGACGACAAGCGAUACGUCGUGCCCGAAUCGUACGACACGUUGCCGUGGGGACAUUACAGGGUGCCGCAACAUGACUAA